AACUUCCUUAUAUAUUACAACCACCUUGUAAAUGUUUAAUUCUCAUUUCACUCAAAUCCUCCCAUUAAAAAAAAAAUGAUGUGCAACACAAGGCUUAGUUUGAGCUUAGGAUUAUCUACUCCUCCUCCUCAUCAACAUAACAACAAGGGGAAAUUAUCAUCUAAUGAUGAUGAUAAUCAAGAAUUAACACUUUGUUUAUCAACAUCAUCAGAGUUCACAAAUAAUUAUGACAACAAUAAUAGGAUUAAUCCUCAAUUAUUAGGAGGAGUUAAUUCAUCAGUUUCUUCAUUUUCUAACACAAGUAGUGUUAAAAGGGAAAGAGAUCAUGCUAGUAGUUUUGAUGAAGAAGUAGAAAAUUUGGAGACUAAAAAAGUUUUAAUUAUUUCUCCAAAGGGAUUAGUUGAUCAUAAUGAUGAUGAUGAUUAUGGUACCAGGAAGAAACUUAGACUUACUAAGGAGCAAUCUGAUGUUUUAGAAGAUAGCUUCAAAGAGCAUACUACUCUUAAUUCUAAGCAAAAGAGAGAUUUAGCAAGACGAUUAAGCUUACGUCCUCGACAAGUGGAAGUAUGGUUUCAAAAUCGAAGAGCCAGGACAAAGCUGAAACAAACAGAAGUGGAUUGUGAAAUUCUUCGAAAAUGUUACGAAGACUUAAAAGACGAAAACAGAAGGCUAAAUAAGGAAAUACAAGACUUGAAAUCUUUGAAAAAAUCACAACCCUUUCGUGUUCAAUUAUCGGCUGCGACACUUAGUAUGUGCCCGUCGUGCGAGAGGACUUACGGCGGCGCCGCCACCGACAAUUCAACCAAAAUUUCUUUUUCCAUCGGAGAUCAAAAGCCUCACUUUUAUGGUAUUCCUUCACAAAUCCAUUAAAAGGUUCUAUAAUUAACCACUAAUUAGUGGAGUGGAUUUAUUAACUAGUUAAUUGUAAUGUAAAGUGAUCGAGAAAUAUACAUAAUUUUCUUCCAACGAAUUCUGGAUAUAGCAGAAGCUUUAGUGUAAUGAAUUACUAUUUUUUUAAUUGUAAUGUACGUCACGUUUCUCUAUUUAGUAAUUUUGUAGAUAUAUGUAUAUUCUUUAAAUGUAGUAUAUG